AUGUUUUUGAUCUUAAUACCUUUAGUUUCAGCAUCCUGCUCACUUGAUUGUUUAAUGCUCGCUGGUGAUGGCUACUGUGACUCUCAAUGUGACACUUUAGAUUGCAACUUUGACAGUCUUGACUGCCCUAUUCAAUGCUCACCAGGAUGCAGUCCCAAUAUGAUAGGAAACGGCAUAUGUAACAAAGAAUGCUAUACAAGUUCCUGCACUUUUGAUAAUAUUGACUGUAUAAACCUCUGCUCUGGUGGCUGUUUACCAUCAAUGAUCGGAGACAAGCAAUGCCAGAAUGACUGCUUUAAUGAAAAUUGUUUAUUUGAUGCAGGAGACUGCUUUGGACUGUGCAGUCAAAAUUGCAGCUUCAGCAUGCUUGGAGAUCGUUGCCAGUCAUUUGUUAAGAAUUCUUCCUUUUGCGACAUUUCCUUGGAAUUUUGGUCUUAACUUUUUCAGUAACAAUGCUUAAAAAACAGUUAAAAUUCUAUCAAAUAAAAUCAAUCAAAAAUAACAUGAAAAUGCUCCGAUCAAACCGUAAGGAGUCGUGGAGAUGGGGUCUGCCAGCCUCAAUGUGCGAAUGAAAAAUGCAAUUUCGACAACGAUGAUUGUACAGAUGAAAUAUGAGUUGACCAACGAUCCCUGAGUGGAGAUGGAAGCAAAGAAAAACCAUUUUCUAGUUUAGAUUAUGCCUUUCUUUAUUCAUCAAUUGUGCCUCACCUCCGAAUCAUUAUGGCUUCAGGGAUCUAUUAUUUAAAUUCAUCUUUAUCUGCUUCAAAUUCUCAAUACUUAACAUUGACAGGAGAAAAUUUAGUCCAAAUAAGGCCAAUAAGCCCUUUGGCAUCCAUUACAUUUUCUAACUAUUCUAAAGUGUGAAUUGAAAAUCUAACUUAUGAUGGCUCUGAAUUUUGGAUUCCAAACUGCAGCAACGAUUACUGCAUGUUUGCUCAGAACUGGGUCUGCAAUCAAAGUUCUUGCCACAACUCUAAUAACGACUCCUUGCCUUCAUCUAUAGAUAUUCCGAAGACAUUUUCUAAUAACCAGUUUUGCUAUUCAUAUGCGCCUUCACUGAGUUUUUUCAAUAGUGAAGUCUACGUCAGCAACUUUGUGGUUCAGAACAUUGAUAGAGUAUUCUCUAUUUUCGUGCUCUCAAACUGCAUUUCUCAUUUUGAUAGCUUGCUGGUAAAGCAUGUUCGACUUUUAUCCUAUUUAAUUGAUGUUAAAAGCAGUAGCCCUCUAAUUUUUUAUGCCCCGUUCAAGAAUUCUUAUCAAGAAUUUAAUGUGCCUUUGAAUAUUAAUAAAACUUAUUCAUUGGUUGAGAUGAGGAACUCAAGAAUAGAAGACGUGAAUAGGAUGAUUGAUUAUGGAACUGUGCAGUGCAGUUCAGACUUCGUUAGUCCAGGAAUUCUGCAAGUAUCAAAUGUGGAUACUAUUUAUAUUUCUAAUCUGACUGUUGAUAACGUAUGAAAUAAUGAUGAGAUAACUGAUAAAAAUCCUCAGCCGUUCAUCUCGAUUUCACAAUUCUCAAAAGCUGAAAUCAAUGAUGUGAAUGUUACUAGUACCUUUUUUAAAAGCGGCGGAUUCUUAUAUUUGUAUUUUUCAACAAUCCUUGGAAUUGAUAUUAAUCGAGAGAAUAUUAUAAUAAAAAAUAUCAAUGUAAAUGAUUCUUUUAUUGGGAGUGAUGGGGCCUUGAUAGCAGUCAGUUACCGUGAGAUUCAGCCUAUUGUUUUAAUCUCAAGCAUCACUAUAAACCAAGUUAGUACCUACGGGUGCCCUCUAAUUUCCAUUUCUUUUGAUCAAGAUACUUUUUGCGGGUCUGAUGAUGGAAAUAUCUUAGCUUUGGAUGUUUUGCUUCCAUUUUAUAAAAGAAAUAUACAAAUGAAUAAUGUGAAAAUCGAGAAUUCAGAUACUAAGGCAAGUGCAUUGAAAUUUCAAAAUGUUUCCAAUGUUUUCCUAUAUAACGUCACUAUAAAUAAUUGCCCAAACAAGCUUAAUAACUUAUUUGAAUCUAUCUCAUCUUUCCAAAGCUUAACUUCUGUUUUACCUUACUGGGCUUCAAAAUCAUCAAGCUCUAAUAUUAUUUCCUUUCAAAACACAAGAUCAAUUACUCUAAAUCAGAUAAAAAUUGAUAACUACGAUAUUGGGACAUCUCCAGUCAUUCAAUUGCUCGAUAUAAUUGCAUCUUUGAACCUAACAGAUAUAUUUUCCUCAAAUGGACUAGCCAGCUCAUUUUUAAUUUUCCACUCGAACUUUAAUCCACAUAAAACUUUUAGCAGCAUUCAAAUAGAGUCUUCGGCUUUCAGUGAUGGAGCCAUUAUUAUUGACUCCAACGUAUCUGUAGCUCUUCAAUCUAUCAUACUUUCCAAGGUUUCUGCAAAUUCAGGAAUUUCAUCUUCAAACAGUGGUCUAAUUGUGACAGAUUCGCUAUUCUCUAGCUUAAGCACAAUUAAUUCUGCAGUCCUCUUCAAUCCAAAAAUUCCAGGCAGCAGCCUUACAAUUUUAUUGACAACUUUUACAUCAAAUAAAGCUCAAAAUUCUGCAGACUUAUAUGUUCAAGGUGAUCAAGGAAUAGUCUUGACAGUAGACUCAGCGAUUUUCGAGCACAGCCAAGGGCAAGCUUCUUCAUCAGUUUUAUUUUCACCAACUACCACCCUUAUCUCUGGCAGCUUUAAUAACUGUAUUUUUCAACAUAUGGCUCCUUUUCAUUGUAAUUUCUAAUUAGAUCUUGGGGUUUUCGCAAAUACUUUUCUCCUUGGCUCAAUUAAAUUUGUCAACACUCUAUUUCAUAAUAUCCAGAGCAUAGGAAGUGCAGCUCCAGUAAUAUAUGCAGAGGUAUCACUCUCAGAAAAUGAGCUUGGACAGGUCAUAAGUUUUGAGAACUGCAAUGUUACAUAUAGUUCUUUUCAAUAUUUCUACAUUUACGAGUCCCAGUAUAUGAGGAAUCAGCUCACUAUUGAAAAGUCAAGCUUUUAUGGUAAUACUGGCUCGAUGUUUUCGUUUGAGAAUACUGAUGCAUCAAUAACCAAUAGUCAAUUUUUUAACAACUCAGCCAUAAAUCAAGAGUUUUGGACUGCCUAUGGCUCACGGAUAGAAAUGAAUGCAGUUCGUUUUUAUCAAAAUUAUGCAGACGAAUGGAGCAGCUUACUCAGUUUGAACGAAAGAAGCGUCCUGACUGCUUCGAAUGUCGCUUUUAGUCAAAAUAAUUUCCAGGCUACAAAUAUAAUCAUUAUGGAUAAGAGUUCACUCACUCUUUCCAAUUGAUCUUUUAUACAAAAUUCCUGUGACGUCUGCUUUCAGAUUUAUCAAAGUUCAAGCCAAUUUUCAGGCGGUCAAUCAGCUGGAAACGUAGCAAAUGCAAUAAUUUUUGCAGAAAAAAGUGAUGCUAAACUCAUCAAUGUUUCAUUUAGUUCGGAAUAUAAAUUAUUAUCGAUUUCUGAAAGCACAUUGUCAAUAAACAAUACCACAGGCUCGAAUAUAUCCGGGACUGCGAUUCAAAUGUCAGCAAUGGCAGCCCAAUUCACCAAUUUGACUUUAUCAAAUGUAUUUCAAGCUUUUUCUAUUUCAAACUCAAAUUUUCAAGCUAACCAAUUAUUGAUUGAAGAAAAUAAAAGCCCAUUUGAGAUUGGUAAUUCCCAAAUCACGAUUUCAAACUCAACAAUAUCAAAAUCACUGAAUGGCUUAAUUGUGCACUCUUCCAAUAUUACCUUUUCCAGAAUCCUUGUUAGUAAAAGCAAUACUCCACUGCAACUUGACUCUUCAAAUGUCUUUGUUUAUGACUCCUCGUUCCUUUCUAAUACAAAUACAGCUCUGGUGAGUUUUAACAGCUCACUUAUCAUUAUUUCUUCAAUUUUGCAAGAAAACCAAGGAAGCAUUGGUGGGGGGCUUUAUAUAUCAGACUCAAGAGAAGCAAGGAUAGAAUCGAGCUCGUUUUUGAAUAAUCAAGCCUAUCAUGGUGGAGCAAUCUACCAUGACCUGACCCCAGUUUCAAAAUUAAAAAUAUGGCGUCUUCGUCUGGGCAUGGCCUCUCGGCCAUGCAUACUCGACUCAUAUUUUAAUUAUAUCCGGCAAGGUUUUGCAUUUCAGAAACGGACGGCAAUGCUAGGUAAGCAAUUCUGGUUGUGCUCAGAGCCUAGCCCAAGUCUACUUUCGGGAAUGUUUUUUCCUCAUGGGAAAGGAGGCACGCAAGUUGGAAAGGGGAAGCUCAGCCAAAGUCCGUUAGGACCAAUCGGGCAACUCCCUAGCGAGAAACUGGGCGUUACGUCCCAGGCUUCGUGUUUUUCCUUUUUGCCGAAAGCCUACCAGAAAAUCCAUUUUUUAUGGAUUUUCGGAAUGGCAACCCAUGUCCUCAAGCGAAGUAGCUCAGGCAUGAGCCGCCUUAGUCGGCAACACUGCUCCGGAGGCGCGUACUGGAGAUCGAGGCUGACUGGCCUCAGAUGGUCGGCGGCCCUAUGCGGCGAAGAAGCAGCGGGAAGCUCUGGGAGGGGUCACCCCGUGAAUGGCGUUAAAUACAGAACCUAAUAAGUUAAGUUAAGACCCCAGUUUCAAUUUUAAGCUGUGAAUUUUAUGAUAAUUCAGCAAAAUAUGGCAGGAAUUUUGCAUCAUUUCCAAAAAGAAUUGUGCUUGAGUCGGCAGAUCUGAUAAAUAUCACCAGUGGAAGUACAAUUCCGAACAUAACAUUUGUGUUUCUAGAUAUUUAUAACCAAACUGCGUCAACAGAUUCUUUGUCUUCGGUUUCAAUCCAGGCUCUUUCAAACGAGACUGUUAUAGGAGGAACUUCCAAAGUCUAUGGAAAAGAUGGAAAAUUCGAAUUCGAAGAGCUGAGGUUCUAUCAUAUGCCUGGUGAAAACGCUACUUUUGUAAUUUCUGCGGAUAGUUCUCAAAUAGAAAGCCUAGAGUUCAGCAUUUCCUUUAGAAACUGCCUAAUUGGUGAAAUUCAUCUACCUGAUAACUCUUGCAACUUGUGUGAAAACAAUACUUACUCCAUCAAUAGACAUGAUAAAUUUUGCAAAUCAUGCCCACCAGAUGCAGUUUGCCUUGGCGGAAAAAAUGUUUUUCCAAAUGCAGGGUACUGAAGAUCUGGUGAAUUUUCAGAAAACUUUUACUCAUGCCCGAACAGCGAAGCCUGCAUCGGAAACAAAACUGACUACACAGGCGGAUGCGCUGAAGGCUACAAAGGAACUCUAUGUGCAAUAUGCGAAAAGCAGUAUUUUAAGUCAAAUAGCUAUAUAUGCUCUAAGUGUCCUUCCAAGUUUGUGAGCUUCUUUUUAUUUGCUUUGGCUCUUUUAGUUGUGGUUACAAUUAUUGUUGGACUGGUAGCCUCCAACAUAAAGAGUUCUCUAAAAGACAAAUCUGAUUUUGGACUUCUGCUUAAAAUGAUGAUGAGCUAUAUACAGACAAUCAUGCUCUUUUCAUCUUAUUACAUGAAGUGGCCCAACAUUCUCAGAUUCUUUUUUGCAUUUUCCAAUAUGGCAGGAAACGCCCCUGCCCAGAUGUCGUCUUUGGAAUGCUCAGAUUCCUCGAUAAUCCCGUCAAUACAGACAACCCUUCAAGAAGUGAUCCAGAUCAAUUCGCUUCCUUUGGUAUUUAUGCUGCUUUGUGUAGGAUUCUGGGCAGUUUUUUCAUGGGUCAAAAAGGAAUAUUCUUAUAUGAAUGCUCAUCUUAUAUGUACAAUCAUGGUGGUUUUGUUUGUAUUUAAUUCUUCGCUUACAAACUCGCUGUUUUCUCUUUUUGGGUGCAGGAAUAUAGAUGGGGAAUAUUUAAUGGCUGAUGAUUAUUCAGUUCAGUGUUGGGUCGGCGACCAUUGGCUUAUAAUUGCAAUUGUGGGCUUGCCUGGCAUUGGGAUUUGGUGCUUAGGCUUUCCUUUAGUGAUGUUUUAUAUUUUAUAUAAAAACAGACACUCGCUAGAUUCGCCUGACAUUCAGCUGAAAUAUAGGUCAUUUUAUGGAGGCUACAAGAGCAGGUUUUACUAUUGGGAGCUUUUGAUUAUAUGUAGAAGGAUGCUUAUUAGAGGAAUUGCAGUUAUUUUGAUCAAUUACCCACUGACUGUCCAAGGAUUGGCAGUGAUUUUAGUGUUAGGAACCAUAGCUUUUCUUCAAUUAGGCUUCAAACCUUAUGAGAAACCGAUAAUGAAUAGUAUGGAGUUUGCAUCAAUUUUACUAGCACUUCUCUAUAUGAUUGCUGGACUCCUGAUCUCUGCAGGAAUAGGAGAAAUUCCUGGCCAAAUAAUUGCAUGGCUCGUAUUUAUAGGAAAUUGUGUAUUUUUUAUCUAUUGAAGCCUUCUUACUUAUAGGGCGCUUGCACACGCUUCAAAGAACAUUUCAAUUUUAAAGUUCAUCUCUAGUAAGAUGACAUCUUUCAAAAAGAAAUUCAGCAGCAAGGUGUCUCAUUUUACAAAUGAGAGCAAUGUUUCUGUAUCAAGGUUUACAUCGUCGUCAGAGUUUCAGUCCUCAAUGAGAAAUGAUAACAUAGAGUUUCCUAAAAAUUUUAAAGAACCAAUUGUUUCAUUUGAAGAUGAAGAAGGCUUCGAGGAGCCAUCUGUAAACCCUUGGAUAAAUGAUAAUAAUGAGUAA